GUGAAGGACUCCAGCCUAUCCUCCUUUCUAAACAAUCAAGGCAAUGGUCCUGGCAGAGCCGUGCUUGCGAGGGAGACUUUUUCACUGCAAAAGCCAGCGAAACAUUAAUCGUUGAAAUGAACCAGAGCCCAGCAGUCGCUGUGGAUUAAAACGGAAACUUUUACGAUGGCUCUUAACGUAAAAAAGUAGCCAAAACAACACCAGAACGGAUCUUUAGCAAGCAACUAGAUGCACAGGCACAGCUCAUAUGCGCGAGCCGAGCCAUCUCAACCCUGGCUGCAGUCCCAAUUCCUCAGUAUUUUAACCGAACUAGCAUCCUAAAACAUUUUUCGACUUUUGUUUGCUUUCUGUUUUACACAGUCAAAGUCCGUAACAAUCCUUACUCUGAACGAAUUAUGGCAGGGAAGCUGACAACACAAAGCUCGGGAAUACUGCUCGUGACAGCCAACGUUGGAUCGCUUUUUGAAGAUCCUGAAAACCUCCAGAAGACAUGGCUGAGAGAGUUUCUCCAGACUGUCCACACACACAAGCCCCACUUCAUAGCUGUGCACUGUCAAGAGGUCGGCGGCAAGAACUACGAAGCUUCCAUGACACAUGUGGACUGUUUCGUCAAAGAGCUGCUGUCCAGUGAUGCCAUGAAGGAGUACAACAGAGCCCGCGUCUACCUCGAUGAAAACUACAAAUCCCAGGAGCAUUUCACAGCACUAGGAAAUUGCUACUUUCUCCACGAAUCCUUGAAAAACAUCCACCAGUUUGAUUUCAAAGCCAAGAAAUUCAAGAAGGUGGUUGGGAAGGAGAUCUACUCAGACACACUAGAGAGCACGGCUAUGUUGGAGAAGGAGAAGUUCCCUCAGGACUACUUCCCUGAGUGCAAGUGGUCCAGAAAAGGCUUCAUCAGGACUCGAUGGGCCCUGGCUGACUGUGCCUUCGACCUGGUCAACAUCCACCUGUUCCACGACGCGUCCAACGUGGUGGCGUGGGAGAAGAGCCCGUCUGUCUACUGUGGGACCAGACAGAAGGCUCUGGGCUACGUCCUGGACAGGAUUACUGACCAGCGGUAUGAGAAGCUACCAUAUUUUGUCUUUGGGGACUUCAACUUCAGGUUGGAUUCGAAGCAGGUUAUUGAGGUAAGAAUUGUGUGUGUGAGUGUGUGUGUGUGUGUGCAAGCAUUGGUGGGUCAUGUAUGUCUGUGUUGGCAUGCUGUGAGAGUUCAUGAGUGGGCGCUUGUGUGUGUGUGUCUGUCUCUCUGUCUUCCCCCCCCUUUCCUCUCUUCACAGCUUUUAGAGUUUGACAAAGAGCUGUCCAUGUUCAAGGACCGACUGCAUGAGCUGGAUAUAUCCUUUCCUCCCAGUUAUCCAUACAGUGAAGAUAGCAGUCGGGGGAAGGAGUACAUGAACACACGCUGUCCUGCCUGGUGUGACCGUGUCCUCAUGUCUGCUAUGGCCAGAGACCUGGUCCUCAAGCCUGAAAACGAAGAAAAGUCGGUGGUCUAUGACAACAUAGGGCCCAACGUCUGCAUGGGGGACCACAAGCCUGUCUUCCUGUCCUUCCGAAUCACAGCGGGGGCAGGUAAACCUAAUGCAAAUAAGCACAAGUGUUGUGUCGUGCAGUGAUGUCGUGGGAAGUGGUGCCAAAGGGUGGAGAUAUUUCGUGAAGCGCCUCUGUGAAAAGGAAAACAGAAGACAGAGGACACCAAGACAGACACACAAAGACACAUACAGAAGCACACACACACACUCACACACACACACAAGACCCUAUACAGACCUUUAAGAAGUGCUGGGCAGUCACAGUGGUUGGAACACCUCAUCCAUAUAAAACUGAUGUUUUUUUUCUCUCCACAAAAUGCUUCAGUAUCUGGACUACCCAACUGAGAAAUACCCAGAUAUAACACACCUCACUGACCUCACCAUUGCAACAACCCCUUUCCCCUUCCCAAAAAAGGAUGGACUCUUCCAUGUCACAGCCUUGUUGCCAAAACUCUAAUAGAAUCAGUCCUACUACUUUAUUUUAGAUACCGUAUUUGCAAGUUUUAGGUAUGCCUCUACAUAUAGAAGCUACUUCCAUACAGUAUGUAAGAUGUUUUAAAAGUGCAAUGCAAAAAAGUUGUAUAUCUAUUGUUAGGUUUAUUUGUACAUUGGACAGUAUAACAUAGAGUUGUUGAUGGUUUUAGUGCCCUUCUCUCUUCUGACCAACUGUCGUGGUCUUUUUGUUAGAAUAGAUAGAUAUUUUCAGUUAAUUCUGAUUAUUUGUAUUUUUGUUUUGGAGUUGUUGUUGUGUGCAUAACACACUGCCAUGCCUCGCACAUCAGCUGAGUCGCAUUUUUAUAUACUGUCAUUUUUAAAGAGAUAAUUUAUCAUUCUUACCAAAAUUGUUAUGCUAAAGUGUGGAGACAAUGAGACUGCAUGGGUGUUCCUGCAGCCAUAAGGACCUUAGUAUUUAGGAAUUUAAUGAGAGAGAAAAAUAACUGUUCAGCCAACAUUUACAUAGCCUAUCCAAGAAUGUUUUAAGCAGUGCCAUAGACCAUGCAAGUAGAUAAGAUAUUGUUUCAUAUAGCAGUCUCACAUUAUUUCAUGAUUAUUCUUAUUCUAACUUAUUUCUAUGUAAUAAUAUUAUGGUUCUGAAUGUGAUGUUUUUAGAUAGGCUCGGGUAUCCUUACAAAAUGUACACUUUUUGUCUAUUUUUGUUACUGCAUUAUGGUGCCAAGUAUUGUACACAGAAAUGAAGUGUGACGGUUAAUAUAAAAUACUUAGGCUAAGUCAUAUUGAUAGAUAAAGGUCUUGAUUAUAAAUUGGGGGAAAACGCUAAAGACGAGAAAGACCAGGAAGAAUUGCUUUUUAAUUUUGUAUGUAGGCUUCGGCAGCCUUUACUUCUAUGUUGCAAAUAAUUUCCUCUUACCGGUCGUUAGAGCAUUAAACAGCGAUUAGGAGAUGCUGUUGAUGAAACGCGAACGUUUCCUUGUAUUGAUUUAAUUUACUACACUACAGAGUUCACAGACUGUGUGAAGCCGUUAGAUUGAUCCUUGAAUUUUUCCAUCUAAAUCACCGCAAGUGGAAAUGAUUUUGUGCCUGCUAAAAAGAUAUUUGUUGUCUUGACAAUGUGAUUUGGUUCGUAGACAAACCUGCUUGUUUUUCCCGCUGGUCACGUGAUAGGAGAAGCCGCAGUUUGUUCACUCCUCUUAAAGCAGAUAGAGAUUCUACCCACUGAACGGCAUGGCCUCUAGUGUUGGUUAUGCAGUUCUCAAGCAAUAAAACCAUUAGAACUCA